UCAUCACUAUAGUCUCACACACCAAAAGCAACAUAACAACAAAUUGUUAAUUUAAUACUAUUCUCGUGAUCAACACAUUGAUCCAAGGCUAAAUUUUAAAAGCUUUUCUUUUCACCAUGAAGAUAAAGAUAAUGAGCAAAACACAUGUUAAACCAACAAAGCCUGUACUAGGGAAGAAACAAUUCCACCUCACCACAUUUGAUCUUCCUUACCUUGCUUUCUACUACAACCAGAAGUUUCUCCUCUACAAGUUCGAGAACCUUCUAGAUCUCGAGGAAACCACUUUCCAAGACAACGUCGUGGAGAAGCUCAAAGAUGGUUUGGGUUUGGUUCUUGAAGACUUCUAUCAGCUCGCCGGUAAGCUUGCCAAGGACGACGAAGGAGUCUUCAGCGUUGAGUACGACGCCGACGACGCAGAGACCAACGGCGUGGAUUUCUCUGUCGCCCAUGCAGCCGACGUCACCGUCGAUGACCUCACGGCUGAGGACGGGACGGCUAAGUUCAAGGAGCUGGUUCCUUACAAUGGGAUCUUGAACUUGGAAGGACUGAGCAGACCUCUCCUUGCGGUGCAGGUGACUAAGCUCAAAGAUGGACUUGCGAUGGGCCUCGCUUUUAACCACGCAGUCUUAGACGGAACUGCAACUUGGCACUUCAUGAGCUCAUGGGCCGAGAUCUGUAAUGGAGCCCAAUCCAUCUCAACCUUACCUUUCCUCGACCGAGCGAAGGCGCGUGACAGGCGCGUGACGCUCGACCUCACUGCUCCUAAAGACCCUAACGCCACCUCCAACGGCGACGAUGCAGCAACUCCGACCGUGGAACCGCCGAAGCUUGUGGAGAAGAUCUUCAAGUUCUCGGACUCUGCUGUCCGCACGAUCAAGUCAAGAGCCAAUUCGGUAAUCCCAUCCGACGGUUCUAAGCCUUUCUCAACAUUCCAGUCACUCAGUUCCCACAUCUGGCGCCACGUCACCUUAGCGCGUGGGCUUAAACCGGAGGAGAUAACUGUCUUCACCGUCUUCGCCGACUGCCGCCGCCGCGUUGAUCCUCCGAUGCCGGAGGAGUAUUUCGGGAAUUUGAUCCAGGCGAUCUUCACCGGAACCGCGGCGGGGAUGCUGGCGGCGCACGGACCGGAGUUCGGAGCUUCGGUGAUACAGAAAGCUGUGGUGGCACACGACGCAAGUGUGAUAGACGCGCGGAACGACGAGUGGGAGAAGUCGCCGAAGAUAUUUCAGUUCAAAGACGCCGGAGUGAACUGUGUGGCGGUGGGAAGCUCGCCGAGGUUUAGGGUUUACGAGGUGGAUUUCGGUUGGGGAAAACCGGAAACGGUUAGGAGCGGGAUGAAUAACCGGUUUAAUGGGAUGAUGUAUUUGUACCAAGGUAAAGCUGGUGGAAUAAGUAUUGACGUGGAGAUUACUCUUGAAGCUUCUGUUAUGGAGAAGCUUGAGAAGAGCAAAGAGUUUUUAUUGAGUGAAGAGGAGGAAGAAGAAGAUGGGAAGAAACUGAGCAAUGGACAUAGCAAUGGCAAUGGUAAUGGUAACGGGUUUGUUGCUGUUUGAGGGAGUUUUUAAGUUUAAAGGUUAAUUAGUUUAAUUAAUCAAAACUCAUAAUUUUGGUUAAUUAGCUGAUUAGUUUUUUUUUUAAUUAAGGAGACAAAAAAAAACCUUAUGGAUUUAUAAGUUAAGGUAAUAAUGUGCGCUUGUGGUGGUUUGUAAUAAUCAGCAGAAUACUGGCGUGUUUGAGUGUGUAAUGUAUUCUGGUUAAUGUAGUGUUGUUGUGUUUGGUUUGGAAUUGUGUAGUCUUUUGAACCAUGUUUUAAACAAAAAAUAUAUGUUUAAUGCA